CGUGCGUACAGUGGUGGUGGUGGUGGAGAUGUCUGCACUCAGCCAGCCAGCAAGUUGUUGUAGUUUAGAAAUUUAAUUCAUUUUCAAUGCUCUUACACCUAUGGUUUAUUUAGCGUGUAGCUAUGGAAACGACAGGUUUCCUUUGUGUCUUAACUCUAAAUUGUUGGGGUAUUCCACUCGUAUCCAAAGAUCGAGAGGCACGGAUGAAAGCAAUUGCCGAGGAGCUGGCCUCUGGAAAAUAUGAUAUUGUAUCGCUGCAAGAGGUGUGGACAGUCAACGAUUUUAACUUGAUUAGAGAUGGAGUAAAAUCUGUCCUUCCUUAUUCCCAUUAUUUCCAUAGUGGGGUAGCAGGUUCCGGAGUGUGUAUACUAUCGCGUUUUCCUAUUCAUGAUGUUCUGUUCCACCAAUGGCCCCUAAACGGAUAUGUUCAUAAACUUCAUCAUGGUGACUGGUUUGGUGGCAAAGGGGUUGGUCUCUGCCAAAUUUAUUAUAAUGACCUGCUCAUCAAUGUCUACACUGCCCAUCUGCAUGCAGAGUACGACCGUGAGUCAGAUGAAUACAUUGCCCACCGAGUCCUCCAGGCGUUUGAUACAGCACAGUUCAUCCACAUGACAUCUGGAGGUGCAGACUUAGUUAUCUUAGGUGGUGAUCUCAAUACAGAACCUGAUGACCUAGCUUACCAGGUCUUGUUACUAAAUGCAAAUCUUCAUGAUUCUUAUCAUCAGCCAUCAGCUCAAAACAAAACUUCAUUUGGAACUUUUGGAACUGCUCAAAACUCAUACACUCCACCAAGUGUUCUAAGAAAAGCUCCAAAUGGCCAGAGAAUUGAUUAUAUUCUCUUCAAAGGAGGACACAGGGCACAGGUUUCCCAGGAGUUGUACAGUUUACCACUUCCGGACACUGUUCCUGGCGAAACGUUUAGUUACUCAGACCAUGAAGCAGUGAUGACAAAAUUCAAAAUUACUCGAGAUGCCAAUGCAAUUGCUGGGCAGAGCUUAGAUCUGGAACGACAAUGUGCUGUGUUGAAGAAAGGCUUGGAAAUUUGUGAUAAAGCUCUAGAAACAGUAGGAUGUCAUCGCAAACAAUAUUGGACGAUGGCUGUAGCUCUGCUUUUGGUGCUAAUAGCGAUGUUGUGGGUGGAAUGGGGUAUCACACCCUUGGUACCAUUCAUAACUGCACUCAUGUGCUACAUGAUAUUUAUGGCGACAUUAUGGAACAACAUGGAAGUCAAUGGAAUUUUGGCAGGAAAAUUGGGCAUGGAAAUUACACAAUCUAGAAUUCAAUCAGCAUGCUCCCCGUCUGACUUUACUGAUGUAAACAUCCCUAAAAGCGAACCAUAAAGUUGCUUUUAGUUUAAGAAAGAUAAUGGGCAAUGAAAGAUUAGAAUUUACAAAUUUGAUUUUUACUUGCUAUUGAUUAUUGCCUAUUGAUUCUAUGUUUAUCUUGAAAACCAAGAGAGGUUUUCUGCUGAAGGUAUUUAGAUAGCCCCUAGGUUUAUUCUUGAUGCCAAACACCUUGUGAAGGAAGGUUCUUUUGGCUUUCUCACUCCACUGUGAUUAUCUGUUGAGUUUUUAAUUCCUUUAAACUUUUGUGAGUUUGUUACCAAAAUCUUUUAAGACUUUCUUAAAGUUGUGAAUGAGAAGUUCAUGUUGUAUAUUUUGACCAACAUAGGUUACUGUAUUUUAAAAUAUUCCUUUGUUAAAGGUGGGAAGUCUACCUCCUAUUUAGUCAGUGCCUUUAAUUAUUCUUGAGUUGUUAUUUUUAAAUCACUGUGACUUUUUAAAAAUGAACUUAAUUUACUAGUUUCCUUUUUUUAUAAGUAGUUGUAGGUAGUACUUAAAGCAAGUAAAAGACAAUACAUGUUUAAGCCAUUUAUUUUGGCAACUAAAGCGGGGAUACUUAUUAAUUUCUCAAUUUAAUGUGGACUUGACGUUCACAUGAUCAACGGGUUGUGACAGUCAAGACCCUCCCAAGAGGGUGUUGGCGUUUGUUUUUUAAUUUUUGUUUUUUCUCAUUGGUUACACAGAGUUUAGAAAGAGAGAUUAACAUGAUGUGUCAAUCAGAAAUUAGAUUGCAGUUUGAAAUGUGUAGUGGUCUCUACCUUGAGAACUUCUUAACAAAGUAAAAAUAUCUUGUGCUCAUUUUUACUUACAAAAAAAAUUAUGACUGCACACAAUUAAUACUCAAUGAUGUUGAGUUCAUGGGAUGUGUCAAACAAGUUUCCUGAAGUAUUAAAUUUGCCAAACUAGAAUUAUCAAAAUAUUUGCGGCCCAUCAAGCUUAAAUUACAAGUCCAUCAUCAAAGACAAAUUA